CUAUCGCAUUCGUGCUCUGAAUUCACCUCAUCUAGGAACAUGGAUGGAGCAGCAGCUUUGGUUCUGAUGUUGUCAGCAAUGGCAGUGCUGUUGGUUGGUGUGGAGAGCCAGCAGAGGGUGUGUUACUCCGGUCCCCCACCGGAACCUGAUCCUGAUAAUCCGGAUGACUGGAUGAAGCAAGUCAUGCAAGAGAUACGGAAGCGUUGCCCGGGAAGGAGGCAACCCACCCCAGCUGAGUGUUCUAGUCCGCAACCCCUUGGUAUGGAGGACGGGACAAUCCGAGAUGAUCGCAUCACGGCGUCCAGUAUUCUGAGCAAUACAUAUCCAGCCCGGGAGGCACGCCUCAACAAUGACAACGGAUGGGCAGCCUCGAGUGGCGACGCCAAUCCCUGGAUCGAGGUGGACCUCGUCCAGAGUACAGUGGUGACUGGGGUCACCACACAAGGCACCCCCGGCGGCAGUUGGUACGUGAAGCGGUACAACGUGGCGUAUCAGCAGCAGCCCUUAUCCCAACGCAGACACGUGACAAAUGGAAACGGAGACAUCAUGGUGUUCAUCGGUAACUAUAAUCCCUACACCCCGGUCACUAACCUGUUUGAUGAGAGUGUGGAGGCCACGGUAGUCCGCAUUGAGCCUACUGAAUGGCAGAAUGGUAUUGCUCUGCGAUUGGAGCUGCUUGGAUGUCGCCGUGGUUAA